AUGCAGCGAGCCAACUAUGGGCAGUCGCCGCCCCUGCACCACCCCGUACCCCAGCACGUAUCGACUGUGCCCCAGCUCCGGUCGCCCCCCCCUCCGCCAGGCUCCGCGCAGUCGCAACAAGGCUAUGGCGGCAACCCGUAUCAGCAGCAGGGCGGCGGCACGGGCAACGUGUUUGGCGCCUACGGACAGUUCAUGAACGAUCCUACCGCGCAGGUCGCCGCCCAGUUUGGCCAGACGGCGCUCAAGCACGGCCAGGAAUACGUCGAGCAGAACAUCGGUCGAUAUGUCAACGUAUCGGCUCUGAAGCACUACUUCAACGUCUCAAACUCCUAUGUGAUCAAUAAGCUCUUCCUCGUGCUCUUCCCUUGGCGGCACAAGCCAUGGGCGCGAAAGCAGGCCACGGCGACCAAUGGCCAGGAAGGCUGGUACCUGCCCCCGCGCGAGGAUAUCAACAGCCCCGACAUGUAUAUCCCAGUCAUGGCCAUCGUCACGUUUAUCCUCCUCUCAACUCUUAUUGCCGGUCUUCGAGGCGAUUUCCAACCCGAGCUCCUAGGCUACACUGCAACAAAAGGACUGGUCGUGGUUAUCGUCGAAAUUAUUGCUCUUAAACUUGGAUGCUAUCUUCUCAGCAUCUCCAGCCAGUCUCAGCUUUUCGAUCUGAUUGCCUAUUCCGGCUACAAGUUUGUCGGCAUCAUCGCCACGAUCGCUGUUGCCGAAAUUGUCAAUGGUGGCAAGGGCACCGGCGGUUGGAUCGGCUGGACUGUAUUCCUUUAUACCUUCUUAGCCAACUCCCUCUUCCUGAUGCGGUCUCUGAAAUACGUUCUACUGCCUGAGAACGCUGGCAGCAACGCCAUGCCCUCUCCAAUUGUGGAGGCGACGAUACAGUCGGCCGGCCUCGGCGUCCUCAGCAGCAUCUUAGCGCAGUGCAUCACGGCGUACAGACAAGCGGCGUCAUUGUCGAUUGAUUGGAUCCCCGUCUUCCAGUACCUGCUCUUCAUCAUCGUCAGCACGCCGCCCAACUUCUUAUGGCAAGAGUUCAUCGAGGCUACUUUCCCCUCGCACCCUGAGCCUGCGGCCACCCCCGCCCAGAAGAAGAGCGGCCAGCCCGCAGAGCAACCGCCGCUGUCCACGCGCAACACGGCUAUCAAGUUCCUGCUGGACCAGACCGUCGGCGCCGCCGUCAACACGCUGCUGUACAGCACCUUUACACGAUCGCUGCGCAUGGCGAGCGGCCACGCGCCGCGCGUCACCAGCGUGGCCAAGGCCGUCCGCUACUGGGUCAGCCCAGACGCCGUCUACUUUGGCAGGGUGGACCUCGACGCCGUGUGGGCGGAGGCCAGGGCAGAGUUCUGUCCCCUGAUCCUCGCGGGCUACCGGCUCUGGCCGGCCGUCUCACUCAUCAACUUUACGCUGGUCAAGUCGGUGCAGGGGCGGAACUUGCUCGGCGCGCUGGCCGGAGUCGUAUGGGGUGUCUACAUUUGUUUGUUCUCGUCAAACUGA